AUGUCGGAGUCAUACGGUAAGUAGGCUGCCUUUUUAAAGGUGUUUACGUUUUCUAUCAUCGUUCAGAAACACAGAAAAGAUGGGACAGGUGUGCCGACAGAGAUUUGUCCCAUCGUAAACAGAUAGCUGGCAGGCUAACCGAGCCUUUUAGUAAAGGCUGUGGCCUUAGAUAAUGCCGUGUCAGCAUUAGUAAAACCACAGAGUUCAUGUAAUCUAGAAAAUAUGAACCAAAUCUGUUGAGUUUGUCGGGUUCUGAAUCCAGCCUGAGGUUAGUGGAGUUGACAGGAGAGGGUGACACCUGGGACCAGACUACUGUGGGUGAUAGAGCUGACAUGUAGACCUGCCUGUGUGUCUGUGUAAGUGUAUCUGAUUCAAGCAUGGGCAUCAUCACAGUGGGGUAUAACUUGGGUAGACUGCUGAGAGACCCAGAGGUGGUAUGAGGGCAUCGACAGGCCUGAAGUAAAACGGUUUUGUUUUCAUUUUUCUUUCCGUCAAACAUUAAAGCACUCAAAACCAUGGGAACUUUUACACCCUAGACCUUUUCAAAACAUUAGUUAAACAUAUGAAGGGCUUCAAUAUUAUUCAAGUGGUUGAAAAUGUUUAUAAUAUUGUUGAAUUUGAGCUGCAGUAGUUUCGUUGUUUACCAUUAUAUAUAAUAUAUAUAUUUUCCGUGAUAUUCCAAAGACCUGAGAGUGUCAAGCAAAGUGUUUAUUUUAAUGCAGCUUAACUUUUCAGUAAUUUGCUGUACAUCGGCCGAUGUGUCAAAUUUUUGCUUGUUGUUCGGUUAAAUAUGAUAUCAGAUGUUGCCAAGGAACCAUCACUGUUAUACUUUGUGAUUAUUGAUCUUUAAUCUACAUGUGUAACUCCAAGAUAGUUAUGAUAAGCUUUUCAUGGGUCAUGGGCGAAAUAGAGGUGAAGUUUGCACAGUUGUGAAAGGUUGACUGGGCUGUGGUGGUGAGGCUGAAUUAGGGCUGGGUAAUAAAACGAUAACAAUAUAUAUAUCAAAAUAUCCUGGCGGAAAUGCAGAUGAAGGCUCAAAAGAUGAUGACAUCAAGGUUUUUGAGGUCAAAUAUUUUUCACCACCUGAAGCAGUGCCACGCGGCAGAGCACGCACAAUACAAAAGGUUACAAACCCAGAGCGGAGCAAGGGUCCCAUGGCGCCUGUGCAGCCGACCAUUCAGUCCGCUUUCUGUAAUGCAACGCCUUACGAGAAAACAUUGAAGACACACAAAGACCUCACAGAUGCAGUAGCUUAUUCUAUUGCAGAAGACGUGCUACCAAUAAGCACUGUUAAAUGUCAUUUUUCAUAUCCUGAUAUAUAUCGAUAACAACUGAUAUAAAAAAAUAUAUUGAGAUAAACUUUAACCCAUAUCGCCCAGCCCUAGACUGAAUGUGAUAUCUUGUCAUAGAGUCUAUAAUACCAUGCUACACCUCUGCUCACAGGACACAUUAAAGUCAUUGUUAACUACACUAGCACUUGGUUGAUAAGAGUUUGUACACAAGCUUCAUGAUCAUGGUACACAGUGGUCGGUUCCACCAGCAUCCACACACACUGUGUGUCAGUAUUAAGUGUGUGUAAAAAGUCACAUGACACAUUCUGGGAGUUGUUUAUAUCGCCAUAUCUGAUGAUGACUAUGGAUCAACAUCUGUUUGUAGGUAUCAAAUAAAUCAGACUACUGAAGAUGGUAGAGCUGAAUAAUGAGUUUCUGAUCAGUAUUUUGGAGUUAUCAAACUCAUUGUAAGUGUAAAUAAACUGUUAUAAUGUUAUGUCAUAAGAUGAAUAUUUUACAGUUGAAACUGUGGAGGUAGUCCUUCAAGAUGAAGAUAUUCUUUGCAAUUCUGCAUUUUCUUGAUUCCUGUCAGCUAUAAAUGAUACAGCGAUCUUAAUAACCUAAUACCGAUUGAUCAGAUAUGACCUGCUCAUGUCUUGGCCCAGCUCUAGCUAUAAAAAUCCUGAUGAAUGUAACAGUGGAUAAACCUUUUGCUCUGUCUUGCACGUAUUUAUCGUUGGUUUUAUAUUCCUCUUUCAGAUUUCCUGUUUAAAUUCCUGGUGAUUGGGAAUGCUGGAACAGGCAAAUCCUGUCUGCUGCACCAGUUCAUAGAGAAAAGAUGUAAGUCAGAGAGAUGAAACACACAUUUCAUUAUUUUCAGUUAAAAGGCAUGCUCUGAUCUCUAAUGCAGUGUUGUCAAAAAGUCUUAGAAUAAGAAAAGGUCUUCAUUGCUCUCCAGAUAAAUGUCUGCAUUCUGUCAAUGUGUUAGGAGCUAUGCAUAGAGUGCUUAUGUGUAAUCAACCUGAGGGUGUGAAACACAUUAGGUAUUUGAAUGUAGUUUUGAGACAGCAGACGUCUCCAGAGAUGUAUUCACUGUCUUAUUUGAUGUGAUCUCUUCAAUAAAGGAUGCCCGGCAGGACAGGACUCUGAUAUAUACGGCAGUUAUUUGAAAAAAGCAAUAUGUGCCUUAUCUUGUUUUCCAGUUAAAGAUGAAUCCAACCACACGAUUGGAGUGGAGUUUGGCUCUAAGAUUAUUAACGUGGUCAACAAGAUGGUCAAACUGCAGAUUUGGGACACUGCAGGACAAGAGCGGUUCAGGUAGAGAAAAGUCCAUGUUGGUUUGUGUAUGAAAUGCUCCUGAACAACGCUUCAGUCCUUUUCUACGGCAUUGAUACUGUAAACAAAGCUAUUUUACAACACCUGAUAAUGAGUUCAAGGUAAAGAGGCUUUUGUAUAAAACAGCAUUACUGAGUGAGUUAGAGAGAGCUAAUGAAAUCGAAGUAUUGCAAACAGUUCAACUUGUCAAAUUCAUACAUAUAUCUGCUUUGAUGUGGAGUCGAAGUGGUCAGAAAAAAAUAUCCAGACAGGAAAAACUUUUGUGAAGGGUCUGUUGACUUCAAUAUCAAUAGGCAGGAGAACAUUUAGGUACAACGGGGUCAUAUCACAAAGAAUUGGUGAACCACAGUCAAGUUUGAAUUAGAUAUCAGCAAUUCAUAUUUUGCAUGUAGACUUUUUUGCUCAGAGUGAACCAUCUGUUAUUUUCACAGCACAACAUCAAAAUUUGUGAACAUGUUUGGCUUUUAUGUGUGUGUCUGCAACCAAACUGUCUUAAGCAUUAUUUGUUAAAGUGAGCUCUGUCUUCGUAGAUGACUAAAUGUAGGUGACUAGAUGUAAAUUUUGAAUGCUGAAUGAGAUGAUAAGGAAGAAAAGAAGAAAAGGGACAUUAUUCAAAUGACUACAAGCUCAUUUUGAUGAAUUUAUCUGCAUAUCUGUGGGUUUGUGUCAGGUCUGUGACUAGGAGUUACUACAGAGGAGCAGCGGGGGCCCUGCUGGUCUAUGACAUCACCAGGUACCUCAGCCAAUCAUGGAUCAUGUUUUCCACUUUUAAUCUCUUGUUUGUCAUGAAGCUCUCCUCUCUUUUCUAAACUGUAACCCGGGUUUCUCUCUGUCUCCUCUCUCUGCAGCAGAGAGACGUACAAUGCUCUGACCACAUGGCUGAGCGAUGCCCGAAUGCUCGCCAGUCAGAACAUCGUCAUCAUCCUGUGUGGAAACAAGAAGGACCUGGACGCUGACAGGGAGGUCACCUUUUUGGAGGCGUCACGCUUUGCCCAGGAGAAUGGUGAGACUGGACGUGUUUGUUUUUCUGAAGUGGUUGCCUCAUACUUCAAAGAGUCGUACUGCUCAGAGUAAACUGAUGUGUCAGGUUUGAAAGGAGUGUUCGUGUGUGUUUGUUAGAGCUGAUGUUCCUGGAGACCAGCGCUUUGACAGGGGAAAACGUUGAAGAGGCUUUUGUGCAGUGUGCCCGCAAAAUUCUCAACAAGAUAGAGUCAGGUAGGAAACAUGAUCCUCACCUAUGAGCCGAACCCCUGACACUGCUGGAGCUCUCACUGUUAUUGUUCCUGGAGAGUCUCAGCAAGAAAACCAGAAAUGACAGACAGUUUUGUUUUAUCGACUGCUUUCUUAAUAGCAAUAUUUUUGAAACGAAUAUUCCCAUAAUCCUACCUCCUCAUUUUUGUUUCUCCUCCUCUCUGAUUUCAGGUGAGCUGGAUCCUGAGAGGAUGGGUUCAGGUAUCCAGUAUGGUGAUGCUGCGUUACGACAGCUUCGCUCUCCUCGCCGCGCUCAGCCACAGGGCGCACAGGAGUGUGGCUGCUAG